AUGAAUCGCCCCCCGGCAACCGCCACGACCUCUGAGCACGCCGUCGGGCCACCCCCAUCUUCCUCGCCGCCCACCAAGCCGCGUAGUCCUUCCGAAAGCGAUCCAACUCUCCCCCAUGCUCAUGCCGACGAGGACUUUCCCGGCGGGGCGACCAAUUUGACGGAGGGGCCGGGCCUAUCCAAGGAGGUUUGGUGGGCCGAGCGGCGCGGCCUCGACGCGCGGCUCGGUCAGGCCGUGCGGGAGUUGGAAAAAGACCUCGGAUGGGCGCGGUUUUUCAUCGUCGGCGAACUUCCCCGACCGCUCCGGCGGCGUCUACGGCCGUUGGGCGCGCGGAUCGCCGCCCGGGUUGCCGAAUUGCGCGACGACCCCCCGGGGGAUUCGUCGGGGCGGCCGGGCGGCGGUCUUUUCGCGCAAAAGUGCUUUGUUGUCCUCCAGAGCCUGCCUUUGAUGGCGGCGGGGGAUUCGAACGCGGGGGCUUCGCCCUCUACCGCCUUGUACGACCCUCGGCAUAUCGCGGAUUCCUAUUUGGCAUCCCCCGGCCCGCGUUGUGCGGCCUGCACGGGGUUUCUUCGCCGAACCUCGGCGGCGCUUUUCGACGUCCUGGCGAGGCUGUGGAUGAACGACGACGUCGCCGUGGAGGCCGCGGUGGAGUGGGUGUCCUGGCUUAGCGCCCACCCCGAGCGGCUUCAAGCGGUUUGUCUGGACUUCGCCCAGGAAGUCCUUGGGUUGAUGUACGAUUAUCUCGUUGGCUAUUAUGGCGGGGAGGGGGCGGGGGCUCUGGAAGUAGUCGGCGAGGUCGAUGGGAAAAGCCAUCGGAACCUUCUCGCACUACCUCGCGAGCACCUCUACCUCGUGCUGGAGAAUGAAUUUCAUGAUUUACCCCUGGAAGGGAUGGAUGUCCUGCGGGGUCAGAGCUGUUCGCGGGUGCCGUCGGUGGACUAUUUACGUCAGUUUGAAUUGCGCGGGGGGACGGCCCUUCCCGAGAAUAGCUUUUCUGUCGAGGCGGCUCACUUUUAUAUCGAUUCCACCGCGGUGGCGCGGUUGGACAAGUUCGAGCGCCUCCUCCACGCACACCCCCGGUGGACGGUCGAUUAUGGCCCCCUUCCCCCUCCCCCCGAUCCUUCGGACGACCCGCACGAGGGGGGGGAGGGCGAAUCGGCUUUUCCGGUUUUACAGACGCUUUUACACAAAAAACGCUCCGUCUACGUCUAUCUCGGGCAUAAACGAGGGGAGUUGGAGCUCCCGCGCCGCGAACUUUACGAUCGCUUUCCUUUUUCGCACUUUCCGGAUGUGUUGUUGAUGGGGUGUAGUUCCGCCUGGAUGAUGGGGAACGCCUUUUUCGAGAAUUACGGGAUGCCGUGGGCCUAUCUUCACGCCGGGGCGAGGACGUUUAUCGGUUGUUUGUGGGAUAUCACCAACGGCGAGGUGGAUCGGCUCUCCCGGCGGUUUUUGCGCUAUUCGACAACCCCAAAACUAGAGGGGGUCGGAGACGGGUUGUCCGUUGGAGAGGCUCUGAGCGCGGCGCGAAAGGUGUGCAAACUUCCUUUUCUAUCUGGUAUGGCCACCGUGAUGUAUGGCGUGAAUCGUUUAUUCGCUUUGGUAGAUGAAACAUGA